CAUGCCGCUCCCUAGGGUUUCCGAUUUCCAGAAGUUUGCUUCUUUAGUUUGGGACGAUCAAUACUUGUCCUUUCUACUGAUACUCUUCUAGUCUGAAGUCACCUAUACGUCCACUGCUAACAUUUUUCUUCACUGAAAUGAAUGGCGGGCAGCCUGAAAGAGAGGAGAGGGUCUCCAUGGAACUGACCGACGAGUUGUUGAAAAGCAUGGAAGUUGGUAUGGCGUUCAGGGAUUAUAAUGGUAGAAUCAGUUCAAUGGAUUUCCACAAAGCAACGAGUUAUCUGGUGACGGCUAGUGCUGAUGAAUCAAUUCGCCUUUAUGAUAUACAAAAUGCAUUGUGCUUGAAGACCAUAAAUAGCAAAAAGUAUGGAGUUGAUUUGGUCUGCUUCACUGCUCAUCCAACAACAGUCAUAUACUCAUCCAAAAAUGGUUGGGAUGAAUCUUUGCGUCUUUUGUCUCUCAAUGAUAACAAAUAUUUGCGGUACUUUAAAGGGCACCAUGAUAGGGUUGUUUCUCUUUCAUUGUGUCCUCGUAAAGAGUCUUUUUUGUCAGGUUCUCUUGAUAGAACCGUUUUGUUAUGGGAUCAACGAGCAGAGAAGUCUCAGGGUCUUCUACGUGUGCAAGGAAGACCUGCAGUUUCUUAUGACGAUCAAGGAAUGGUUUUUGCUAUUGCGUUUGGAGGAUGUGUAAGGAUGUUUGAUGCCCGAAAAUUUGAAAAGGGCCCAUUUGAUACAUAUUCCGUUGGAGCAGAUAAAUCUGAAGCUAACGUACUAAAAUUUAGCAACGACGGAAGGCUCAUGCUUUUAACUACUAUGGAUGGACAUAUUCAUAUCCUUGACUCCUUCCGCGGUAAUCUUCUCUCUACAUAUAAUGUAAAGCCGGUUUCAAGCCACGCAACUUUGGAGGCUUCUUUCAGCGCUGACGGAAUGUAUAUUUUAUCAGGAUCUGGUGAUGGCAGUGUCUAUGCUUGGAGUGUCAGAAGUGGAAAGGUUGCCUGUUGGGCGAGUACUGACAUGGAGCCGCCACUGAUAAAAUGGGCACCUGGAAGCCUUAUGUUCACAACUGGAUCAUCUGAACUGUCAUUUUGGGUGCCUGACUUAUCUAAGUUGGGAUCUUUUGUGGGUGCAAAAUAGGUUUUUACACUUUUAGACCUCUUGCCAGUGAUGGCUUACCAAAUUACUGUUCUAUCUUACAAAUCAGUUUCAAUGAGGCAACGCCAACAGACUCCUUAGAGUUGUCAAGUGAAUACCUCCUUUGUACGCCGGUAUGUGAUUCUUUGUCUUCUACAACAAAUAGAUGCAAUCUUCCAAGGAAUGCAGCAUGAAAAUUUAUCUUGCCAACUGAACCCUGCAAUUUACACACCAGGAGAAUGGAAUUAAUAUUAAUUGUUCUCUUCAUAUAGUUUAGGCUUACCCUGUUCUUAACUUCAGCACGUCUGAUAUCAUUUAUGUGUAUAGUAGUGUAGGCAAUCGUUGUAAAUUUGUAAAUUAUGUUUAUCUAAUAUAUUUGGCUAUGAUCCAA